UUUAGUUCGAAAAAGUAAAGUGUCAAAAGGUGGGAUUACAUAAAAAUAUUUUGUGCAGAAUUCCUGCGGAUUUAUGGCCACAAGAACCCAAGAUCUGCCCCCCAAAGGGGGCUAUGGCCCCAUCCCGUUCAAGAGAAUACCGCCAAAGACCUAUUUCAAAGGAGCAACAAUAUUUGCUGCUUAUUUGGGAAUCAGUGCAGGAGCCUUCUAUUUGUAUGGCUUAAAUUACAAACAGAUUGAGAAAGAGGAGAUUGAAAUGCGCUCAGCGCGAAAUGCAAUCCUGCCGCUUCUCCGGGCAGAACGUGAUCGUGAGUUCUUGAAGCAACUCCGGAGGAACCGUGACGAAGAAGCCAAAUUGAUGGCCAACGUUCCCGGAUGGGAGGUUGGUACCUGGUAUGGAGAGCCAAUUUACAAAACCCUUCCGGAAGACACUUUGAUCACUCCAAUGUUCAAGGAGUUCUACGGACAUACCACGUACAAAGCAGCAGCUGACAGAGCGCAUAUUAAGUUGUGGAAUUAAAUUGUCUGAAAAAUGUAGAGAAAUUUUGAUUAAAUAAAGGAGCACGAAUCGUUA